CUCUGACUAAUUGUUUGUUUUGAUAAAAUAUUUUAUUCGAUGGUAUGGUUGAUCAUAAGCAGAAAUUUCUUUUAAAUCCUGACUUUUUUUAAAUUUCAUUGCUGAGGAGAUUGUAACAUAUUAGAUGGCUGAAUCACACUUUACAGAAUCAAAGUUUGACUCUGGUUCUGAAAAUGACCUGCUCAGUCCUCAUACAGGUUCAUUACGCUAUUCAUUUUCUAGCACAUCAUCAGCUGGAUCUCUUGACCUAUUCAACUCAUCAUCAGCUCAUAAUUCAGAUGAUGAAGACAGUGAUGAUAAGCCUACUUUAACCUAUAAGGAACGGAGACGUGAAGCCCACACUCAAGCAGAGCAAAAGAGACGUGAUGCUAUAAAAAGAGGCUAUGAAGAUUUACAAUCACUUGUUCCAACUUGUCAUCAGCAAGAUAGUAUAAGUAGUUAUAAGCUGAGCAAAGCUGCAAUACUUCAAAAAUCAAUUGAUUACAUUCACUUCCUCCUUCAACAAAAGAAGAAACAAGAUGAGGAACUGGUUGCAUUGAGAAAGGAAGUUAGAGCCUUGGAAAUCAUGAAAACAAACUAUGAAGCUAUUGUUAAAGUUCAUCAAAGUCAACCAAAUAAAAACUCUAAUAAAGUUAGUGAGGACAUGAAAUUUCAAGUGUUCCAGGCAGUGUGUGACACUUUAUUUCAAUCUUUCAAUUCAGCAGUAUCUAUUUCAAAUUUUGGAGAACUCUCUGCUUGUGUUUUCAGUUGGUUGGAGGAAUAUUGCAAGCCUCAAACACUACAGGAAUUGAUGAUUUCACUGUUUUACCAGUUGAACUAUCAUGUCACAUAACUAGUGCACUAUCUGAAAUUUAUAUCAUGUGAUAGCAUUUACUUUAACACUGUCAUGGUAAUGAGUCAAGAAAGUGCUUUUGUUAAGUCAUUAAAUGUUUAUAUCUAUUCAUUAUAAAUUCUAAUAUGAUGUCAUAUGAUGUAUACAU